ACAGGGAGAUGAUGUAUGCUGGACCGAGUGGUCAUCCUCUCCGGCAGCCCCCGAUGGGUCCUCCUCCACCCCAUAUGCAGGGCUCCAUGUCCCCUACCACACCUCAUGCGAUGCCCCCCUCCCCAUCCCGUAUACCCUUCGGCCCACGCACCUCAGGCGGUGGGGUUGCCACGAUGCCACGUGAACGAGCAGGACACACACUUCCCACCCCCGCUCGCGCAUCCUCCCCCUGCCCGAGCGCCAUCCUCGAGCGGCGCGACGUCAAACCUGACGAGGACGUAGAUGCAAAAAGCAUGUCGCUGCCCGCCCGAGCCGAAAGUCAUUAUGCUGACCCCUAUAUGUUACAUCACCAUGCCCCGCCCCCUGACACAGUAGACCACGCCUACCACCGUGCCACCAUGCGCUCUUACAGUAACCCCAGCGUUCCCAUAGAGCCCACGGACCAUCCUUCGCUCUUCCGACAGAAAAGCAAGAAGUACACAGAUAGCCAGCUACCCAUGCUAGGCUCCAAAACCCCGCCCCCUUCCCCACACCGGAUGGGCGAGAUGCGAGUGAUGGACAUUCACACAGUCCAACCGCAGAGUUCCAUGACUCUCGAAAGGGCAUCCCCUAUCAGACAGUCAUUUAGGAAGGAGGCUACUCUUGCUAUGGAUACCAUGGUAAAGGCAAGAGGUGGCAUGGGGUCCCCGGCCACCCCUGAUCUUCAGGUUCACAAUCCUCUUGCCCCCUCAACAGACCCUCAGACACGAGAGAGAAUGAAGGCCAUGGAGGAGCAAAUAGCCAGUCUGACUGGUCUUGUGCAGCAUGCUCUCUUAAAGAGCCACAGCACUAACAGCAACCAGGAACACCCCAGGUGA